AGUCGGGAAAAGGAAAAAAAAAAAAAACAGCCAGGCAAACCAGUCAGCAUCUUGGGCAGCGAAUGGGUUUUAUUUCGGUCAAAUUUUAACAUCCUCCAGCACAAAGCGGUCUAUGCAACAGUGGAGAAGCCGUGGAUAUGAUCGCGGAGGGAUUUAAUCUGAGCUCGGGAAGCUGAAGCACACUGCAGCCCGAGCUCAUAGCGGUUUUUUUUUCGGUGGGGAUAAUCCAUCUGUGAUAUACCAACCGGUGAUUCUGUCGACUGCUAGCUCGCGUUAACCUAGCUUGCUAACCCUUCUCGAAAGUCCCGUUAGCUUGCGGCGAUAAGCAGCAUCAUAGUCGGGAGCUGUUGGUGCUGCUGUGUGUGUAAUAACCGCCACCAUUGGGGUAGAAACCCGAGGCAAUGCUGAAAGGGGUGUUUUUCUUCAAACCAGCGAGGAAAUCUCCACGCCCUGGGGUCUCAUCUGUGGUUACGGCUUAGCCAGCCCACCAGGAGCGGAGCUCGGGAGAAGGUGGGGCCGAAAUCUGACAGCCUGGAUCGGCAGCUAAAUGCGGCUAACCGGCUAAUUCGCUCCGUUUAAGUCACCGUUUGUGUUCUCGCUGAUUAUUUCAGCGUUUAACAGCUGCGUGUGUCCUGGCGCAGCGAUAACCUGGUUUAAGAAAGAAACUAAGCUGACAUUGAUCACUUCCAAACCCCCCUCCUGUGGGUGAGAUUUCUUCUGGAGAGCAUCCCAGCUUAUCUAGAUGACCAUGGCGGACGACGACGUGCUUUUCGAGGAUGUGUAUGAGCUGUGCGAGGUGAUCGGGAAGGGUCCCUUCAGCGUGGUCCGGCGCUGCAUCAACAGGGACACGGGCCAACAGUUCGCUGUAAAGAUAGUCGAUGUGGCCAGCUUCACAUCCAGCCCUGGACUCAGCACAGAAGAUCUGAAGCGAGAGGCCAGCAUCUGUCACAUGCUAAAACACCCCCACAUCGUGGAGCUGCUGGAGACCUACAGCUCUGAUGGCAUGCUCUACAUGGUCUUUGAAUUUAUGGAUGGCGCUGACCUGUGUUUCGAAAUUGUAAAGCGAGCUGAUGCUGGAUUCGUCUACAGUGAAGCUGUGGCGAGCCACUAUAUGAGGCAGAUAUUGGAGGCCCUUCGGUAUUGCCAUGACAACAAUGUGAUUCAUCGAGAUGUAAAGCCUCAUUGUGUGCUUUUGGCUUCAAAAGAGAACUCUGCUCCAGUGAAGUUGGGAGGAUUUGGAGUUGCAAUCCAGCUGGGAGAGUCUGGUUUAGUAGCUGGAGGUCGCGUCGGGACGCCUCACUUCAUGGCCCCAGAGGUGGUGAAGAGGGAGCCGUACGGUAAACCUGUGGACGUGUGGGGGUGUGGUGUCAUCCUCUUCAUCCUGCUCUCUGGCUGCCUGCCUUUCUAUGGCACCAAGGAGCGCCUGUUUGAGGCCAUCAUUAAGGGCAAAUACAAGAUGAACCCACGGCAGUGGGCUCACAUCUCAGAGAGCGCCAAGGAUCUGGUGAGGCGCAUGCUGAUGCUGGACCCUGCAGAGAGAAUCACAGUGUACGAGGCUCUGAACCACCCCUGGCUGAAGGAGAGGGACAGGUAUGCUUACAAGAUCCAUCUUCCUGAGACUGUGGAACAGCUGAGGAAGUUCAACGCCAGGAGGAAGCUGAAGGGUGCAGUGCUGGCUGCUGUGUCCAGCCACAAAUUUAACUCCUACUAUGGGGACCCCCCUGAGGAGCUCCACGACUUCUCUGAUGACCCCACCUCCUCAGGACUGCUAGCUGCUGAAACAGGGGCAGUGUCGCAGGUUUUGGACAGUCUGGAGGAGAUUCAUGCUUUGACGGACUGCAGUGAGAAAGAUAUGGACUUUCUGCACAGCGUCUUCCAGGAUCAGCACCUCCACACCCUGCUAGAUCUUUAUGACAAAAUCAACACCAGGUCUUCCCCUCAGAUUAGAAAUCCUCCAAGUGAUGGAGUUCAGAGAGCCAAAGAGAGCUGCAGUUCUGGUCAAAUGUUGCUCAAGGUACUGGAAACUAUCGCCUGUUAUCCAGAAAACAUGGAAGCUAAGGAGCUCAGGAGGAUCCUCACACAGCCACACUUCAUGGCUCUCCUGCAGACCCACGAUGUGGUGGCCCACGAGGUUUACAGCGACGAGGCUCUGAGGGUCACCCCUCCACCCACCUCACCUUACUUAAACGGAGAUUCUCCGGACAGCACCAACGGGGAUAUGGACCUGGAGAACGUGACCAGGGUCCGGCUGGUCCAGUUCCAGAAAAACACAGACGAGCCAAUGGGCAUUACUCUGAAAAUGAAUGACCUCAACCACUGUAUUGUGGCCCGAAUCAUGCAUGGCGGCAUGAUUCACCGACAAGGAACGCUGCAUGUUGGAGAUGAGAUUCGAGAGAUUAAUGGCAUCAGUGUAGCGAAUCAGACUGUAGAGCAGCUUCAGAAGAUGCUGAGGGAAAUGAGAGGCAGCAUCACCUUUAAGAUUGUUCCCAGCUACCGCUCCCAGUCAAUGUCAUGCGAGAAGGAGUCACCUGAUUUGUCUGGCCAGUCGCCUGCUAAUGGUCAUGCUAGUGUCACCAGCUCCAUCCUGGACUUGCCCUCUACGAUCCAGCCCAAAGGCCGUCAGAUCUCCAGACCUGCCAUCAAGGACAAAUUGUCCAUUAAGAUUUAUGUCCGCGCUCAGUUUGAAUACGACCCCGCCAAAGACGACCUCAUCCCUUGUAAGGAGGCGGGCAUUCGAUUUCGCGUCGGCGACAUCAUCCAAAUCAUCUCCAAGGAUGACCACAACUGGUGGCAGGGAAAGCUGGAGAACACCAAGAACGGAACGGCGGGCCUUAUCCCAUCCCCAGAGCUGCAAGAGUGGCGUGUAGCGUGUAUAGCGAUGGAGAAGACCAAGCAGGAACAGCAAGCCAGCUGUACCUGGUUUGGAAAGAAGAAGAAGCAGUACAAAGAUAAAUAUCUGGCCAAGCACAACGCAGUGUUUGAUCAACUAGAUCUGGUGACGUACGAGGAGGUCGUCAAAGUACCAUCAUUCAAGAGGAAAACGCUCGUUUUGCUGGGUGCACAUGGAGUGGGAAGGCGGCACAUCAAGAACACACUCAUUGCCAAACACCCUGACCGCUUUGCCUAUCCUAUUCCUCACACCACCCGGCCUCCCAAGAAGGAUGAGGAGAAUGGGAAAAAUUACUACUUUGUGUCUCAUGACCAGAUGAUGCAAGACAUCAGCAACAAUGAUUACCUGGAAUACGGCAGCCAUGAGGACGCCAUGUAUGGAACCAGGUUGGAGACCAUCAGGCAAAUCCACGCUCAGGGCAUGAUCGCCAUCCUGGAUGUGGAGCCACAGGCACUAAAGAUCCUGAGGACAGCAGAGUUUGCUCCAUACGUCGUCUUCAUCGCAGCUCCCACCAUCACUCCCGGCAUGACCGAGAUCCCAAGGUGGUGCAGGAAACUACCUGAUGACUCCCUUCAGCGGCUCCAGAAGGAGUCCGAGAUGCUCCAGCGAACCUACGCUCACUACUUUGACCAGACCGUCAUCAACAACGAGAUCGACGACACCAUUCGCCUGCUGGAGGAGGCUGUGGACCUGGUGUCCAGCACCGCUCAGUGGGUUCCUGUCUCCUGGGUCUACUGACAAACACCCCCUCCUCUAACAGGGAACCUGAACUGUGUCGGUUCCUCGACUCUCGUGUCUCAUUACUCAUUUAUGUAGAUGAACAGAUGCUUAAAAAGUGGGAAAAUGAAGAACAAUGACUGCACACUAACCCCCCUCUCCCCUUUCUCUCAAUAGCCUAAAAGGCUAUAGACAUGUACAUGUAUAUACCUGUAUAUAGAAAUGAUAAACUACAUGAAUAUGGUUCUGUCCUCAUAGUUGAAGGUGGGGAGUGGUGGAGCAGUGUAGUAGAUAUUUUGUAAUUUUCUUUUGUAAUCGAUGGAUGGAUGAAAAUAUUGAAAAGGCAAUAGCAAGCAUGACCAUAAAACAGUCCUAUGGGGAUUGCCUGUGUGUGCGUGCGUGUGUAUUGGCCUUUUAAAGGCUAUUCUUGUGGUACUGUGUGUGUCCCCUCCUCCAACAGUCCCCUCGGCCCCUGUGACAAACAAGCCGAUCUUUGAAGCACAUCAGACGCCGCAACCGCGGCGACAAGUCGACUCCCUGAGCUCUCAGUGCAGGUUUGAUUGAAGAGAAAAAAAAAAAAAAAAAGGUGUUCUUGCCUCCCCUCGCCUCGCCGUCUAUUUAUUUCUCUGACCCUCGGUGCCUUUCAGCUUGUUGAAGGAGCACACUGCAUCCCUCUUUGUUGCUGUUUUUUUUUUUUUCUUUCAUGCCACCCCUCACAACCACUGACAGUCUCUUGUUUACAUCUCGGUUUGCACAAAACGGACAAUGAAGAGGAAGGAGAAAAACAUCUCGUAAUCUUGGCUUUGAUUUGAUUCUGCCCUCUCCUUUACAACACAAUCAGGAGGUACGGAAACACGUCUUUAAACACAAUCAGCAGAGAGAGGAAAAAAAAAAGAAGCACCAACUUUAACUAAACAUGGGCUCAAAAAAAAAAAAAAAAAAAAA